UCUAGUUUAGUGAAUGAAACGUGCUCCGUUGUUGUACAUAUCAGUGUUCUUGUUAAACCGUGAAGUAUUGCGAAUUGCUAAAAGUAUCGUACCUCCGUGGCGUCUAUAAGAAAAUUGCGGAGCAAAGAUGCAAGGAAAGCGUUAGUCUUGAGGAGGAAUAAAGUGCUGGGAGCAGCGAGGGGUGGUAAUGUGGUGACCCCUUUUCAAAUAUCGAAGCGCGAACGCUAAGCGCCAUCUAGGAUCCUCAUAAAUUUAAGGUAUCGGAAGGACACUAAACGCUGGACCAGCACAUGCAUCUGAUUUAUUGAGGAUUGGGAUGAAUGGAUAUUACUCUGGUAUUUAAACUCCCAGCAUCAAAAUGACCCACAACUUUCAUGCACCAUGUCAACAAGGCUCCCAACCCGCCGAAAUGUGGAGCCAGUAUUUCGCAUAAUAUCCCAACUGUUUGCCGGUCAAUUAAAUUCAUCAAAUUCGCAAACGUCAACCGACACAAUGUGUGAUUUUUAUCGCGUUCCAGCAGACAAUGUCGACGGGGCAAAAGACCAGAGGAAGCACAGUCGUCUUCCGGUGCGAAGAGUAGGACGCCGCAAACUCAGAGGCGCGGAAGGAAGUGAAACAAUAACUCACAUCGGAACAGUUGUAGGACGUAGUAAAAGUGUUGAUGAUCUUACCUCUGUGGACGACAUUGAGGGCGGUGAUGGCAGGCGAUUGCCUGAAACCUUCACAACCACUGCCGGGGGACCAGAACUGGAAAAGUUACUGCGCUCCAAAGACGAGCAGAUAGCCAAGCUAGUUGAGAAGUUGAGCACCGUUUUCGAAUGCAACAAUCAAUUUGCGGUUGAGCACGAAAAACUUCAGAAGGACUACCAGCAGGCCAUGCAAAGUUUGCACACUUUGGAGACGAUCAAGGCAAAGAGCUGCGACCAGUGCGCCUCGUUCGAGACCGAACGGGACCAGCUAGCGAAGGAGAACGGCGACCUGCGGAACGAUGUAAAGAUGAUGAAAAUUCUAGUGUACCGGUUGAACGUACAGAUCGAACGUUACCAGGACGCGAUCCGCGAGGGAACCACUGCCAAAAAUGCCAUCCCUAGGUUGGACUUUGUGGACAGCACGUACGGUGGCGCCAAGGACAAUCUCAACUGGGGACCAGUCAACUCGCAUACCCUCGGACCACUUCUGAAUGCCUACGAGGAAACGAUCACCGAAAAGUCCGACUUGGUGCAGCAGUACGAAUCGGAGCUGGUUGGCUUCACCGGGAAGUUGAAGAAAGUGUUGGAAGAAAACGAAUCACUCCAGCAGGAAAUGGAGACGAUGCGGGCGGCCCAGACGGGAUGGACGUCGGAGCGGACGCGGCUGCAGGCGCAAGUCGACGUGCUGCGGAGUAAAGCGGACGUGCAGGGGAAGCGAGCGGAUCUUGCAAAGGAAAAGCUGGUUGAAGUACUCAAAUGUUACGAACAAAAAGUACAAGCACAAAGCCUCGACAUACAGCGGCUGCAGGAAGCCUAUUCCAGAAGCAAAGGAGAGCUAGCGACUCUACGAAACCUUAACCACAACCCGGAGCUGGUAGCCAACAGUUUAAAAGAAUGUCAACAACUUCUGGAGCAACUUCGAGUACAGCGCAGUAAUGAACAAACCCGGACGACGGAGGAAGCAGAAACAAUCAAACAGGAUCUCACACAAAAAUCGGCCGAAUUGGAACAACUGCGGGAGGACUAUCAGCAGCAGCUCAAGAUAUUUGAGCGUCAAAAGGAAAUUAACGAAAUUCUCAUGGGCAAGAACGCUGCGCUCAAAUGUACGCUCGAGCGUACGAGACAAUCGAAGGAGAUACUGAAGCAGCGGUUAAAAACCAUGAUCAGCUGUGGUAAGGGUUCCGAGCAGCGCAAAGACCAACUGCAGGAGAGCUGGCAAACGAUUCGGGCGCUACAGGCGCAGCUGCAGCAGCGUGACGGUCAGCUUCGAUCCCUCCAGCAACGCUACCAGACGGAAGUCGAACAACUGGAGCGCCGUUUGCGGCAGCGGGAAGACACGUUGCGCAAGAUAUUGGCCGAAAAGGCCCAAUUUCAUCGGCAGGCGUAGCCGAACCGUCCAUCAAACGUUAUCUAGUCUAAUUCAAACGUAUCUGAUAAUAAACAAAAUCGUA